AUGGACACUAUUUCACCAACACCAGAAGAUAGAGGUUUUAACAUUGCUGUUAAUCGAGCUGUUAAUCGUUCACCGGCACCUUCUUACGAGCACAGACCACCGCCGCCAUUGCCACCACUUCCCGAGUGGGAUCGUCCAAACACAGUUCCGCAUGCUAAUAAUUUAGCAAAACAGACAACUAUAUCUCAAGAUAAAGAAGAAUUGAAUGAUCUAGCAAAUAAUGAUAUUAUUUUUGAAUCAUUCUUUGAGGAAUUAGAUCGAGUGAAAAAUAUGGGUGCACUGCUUGACGAAAUGAGGACGGCUAAUGAGAUGUUGGCAAAAAAAACGCUUGCACGCGAACCAGAAUUAAUUCAACUUCGUCAGUCCGUUCUAGAUCAACAAAAAGAACUUAGAGAAUUAGAAGAGGAAUUCCAUGAAAAGCUUAAAGCUCAGAAAGAUGCAUUACGUCGAUUCUCUCCAACUGUUCUUCUCUCCAAGCUGAAAUCCGAGGUACAAUUAUCGGAUGAAUUGUCAGAACAGAUGGCAAACUCAUUCUUAGAGGGUGGACUAGAGAACGAUUUGUUCUUGAAACAUUUCCGGGAGGUCAGAAAAGUGUUUCAUCUGAGAAAUGCCAAAGUAGAGAGAGUGAACAGUCAACCGGGAAUUUUGGGACCAUGA